UCCAUAAACAGUGUCUACUCUAAAUGCUUGUGUUCCUAAUUGUCUUUACUUUGCAGGCUGUAGCAGGAUUCAUCUCUCAAGUCAUGGAGAAAGCUGUUUCUUUCAACCCUUCACAGGUAGUGCCGACGGCUGGUGCGACCCCUGCUAUUGAGAUUCUUAGUUUCUGCUUAGCAGAUGCUGGAAAUGCAUUUCUUGUUCCAACACCAUAUUACCCCGGUUUUGAUAGGGACAUAAAAUGGCGAACUGGGGUCGAAAUAAUACAUGUUCCUUGCCGAAGUGCGGACAACUUCAAUUUAAGUAUAGCUGCCCUCGAUCGAGCAUUUGACCAGGCAAAGAAACGUGGACUUAAAGUGCGUGGGAUAGUAAUAUCAAACCCCUCAAACCCUGUUGGCAAUCUUAUAAAUCGAGAAACAUUUUACAGCCUUCUAGACUUUGCCAGAGAGAAAAACAUCCGUAUUAUCUCUAAUGAACUAUUGGUUGGUUCUACUCAUGGAAAUGAAGAAUUUGUGAGCAUGGCAGAACUCCUUGACCCGGAUGAUUUUGACCGGAAAAGAGUUCAUAUAGUGUACGGGUUGUCAAAAGACCUUUCUCUUCCAGGUUUUCGGGUCGGUGUUAUCUACUCAUAUAGUGAGGAGGUUUUGGCAGCUGCUAAAAUGUUGGCAAGGUUCUCAUCUAUUUCAGCUCCAACCCAGUGUUUGCUCAUCUCCAUGCUAUCUGAUGCCAUAUUUGUUCGAACAUUAAUUACCAUAAUCCGAGAGAGGCUUCGAAGUAUGUAUACUCAGUUUGUGACCGGAUUAAAAAAACUGGGCAUCGAGUGCAUAAAGAGUAGUGGGGGUUUCUACUGUUGGGCGGAUAUGAGCGGGUUAAUCCGCUCUUACAGCAAGAAAGGAGAACUUGAGCUGUGGGAAAAGUUGUUGAAUAUUGCUAAGGUGAAUGUAACUCCAGGGUCUUCUUGUCAUUGUAUUGAACCGGGAAGGUUCCGCUUCUGUUUUACUACAUUGACAGAGAAAGAUAUCCCUGUUGUCAUGGAUCGGAUUCAGAAAGUUUGUGGAACCUGAAAAUUGAAUAGAUGAAAUGCUAUUAUUUUAUUCUAUGAUUUUAAAUAAUGUGCAGAUUUGUUCUUGAUUG